GACGAAGAGAAGAGCUUUUCUACCCAACAACUGUUUUCAAUUGCAUUGCAGAUAGCCCAAGGAAUGGUAAAUACUAUUAUUUUCUGGACAACAUUGCAAUGAUCCUUGCUUUGAUCAAAACGAUAGGCAAAAUAGAGAAUGUAUACUUUUAGCAAUGAAUUUUUAAAAAAUCCAUUUUUGGCCUUCUUUCAAAAGUUCUUUUUAUAGGGCUAGCCUGAAUGGAAACUGAUUUUCUUACAGUGUGUCGACCACAGUUUUGACUCAUUCGCGGCUUUUCUAUUACUUGUCCAAACCUGAAUGUUUUUCCUAGAUGCACACAUGAUAUUGUAUGUUUCAUUUGCCCCAUAUUUCUUUGGCUUCAGCAGUACCUCCGUCAUAGGUUAUUAAGGGCUCGAUCCUGCCUUCAGCUAUUUACUAUUUUUAUACUACAACAUGAGAAAUUUCUGCUAUUUGAUUGGCUUAGGGCAGUAGUAUUUCAGCUUAAUUUGAAAAAUUACAAACCUUUUGUGGCUAGUAGUAUAAACAAAUAAUAGCAUGAUUUGUACGUGAAAUUUGGCAUAAAUACCACUCGUGAUAUUUCAAAAACGUCUCAAAUUUCACUCGCCUAACGGCUCGUGAAAUUACGUAUAACAAUUUCGAAAUACCACUCGUAGUAUUUAUGCCAAAUAUCACUACAAAUCAUGCUAUUACCUAUACUAAUGCUAGCAGUGUGCCAUUAUUCUCAUGAUUAUACAAUUUUGCCAUAUAUUUCUUCAAUUUUUAAUAGAAUCAUCUCGCGGAAAACAGGUUUGUUCACAGAGACCUUGCUGCCCGUAAUGUCCUCGUUGGCCAUGGCAACCAGGUCAAAGUGGCAGACUUUGGGUUGAUGAGACAGAUAUAUGAAGAUGUAUACAGCUCAGGGAAGUCCAAAAAGCUUCCUGUGAAGUGGAUGGCCCCAGAAUCACCUUAUCAAGGCCUUGACACUACCAAAAGUGAUGUGUAAGAAAACAAUUACUUCAUCUGAGCAAGAGAACCAUUUUUUGAAAUGUUUAAUUAUCAGAAAUUCGGCUCGCGAGAAAAUUUCGCAGAUAGAAGUAACAAACUCGCUAGAUGUCAUGCAACAAUUCCAGUCACAAACAAUUUCAGGUUUAUAACUUAUAAGUUCUCCAUCAGUUUCCAAGGUCCUAAAUUUUUUAACUCUCUUAGUUUUCAAAUUCGAAAUGCAACAAGUACCGCUUCCUUUUGCUGGAAGCUGAAAGCAUUCCUCUUAUCAUAAAUAGUAAUUUAUAUAUAUUUAUUAUAUGGAGGAGAGUGUUUUACUGGGAACUAAACCGCUCGUAGAUUCCAUACGCCACUUCAUCCGGGACCCGAGUGGCGUAUUUUCCGUAUGUCACCUUUGUGAGUGUCGUAUCGUUCAAUGACGUCUCGAUUCCCGCCUUUUGCUUUUGUUGAAAUGGUUUCUCCAUAUAAUAAAAAGAACAUUACACGUUGGCUCGAAGAUAUGAAUUUUAUGUUCUCGUGGCAAAAACAAUAUCUCACUCGUUCGCUUCGCUCACUCGUGAGAUAUUGUUCUUGCCACUCGAACAUAAAAUUCAUAUCUUCUCGCCACCCUGUAAUAUCCUCUAUUUAUUAUAUGGACACGAGUGUUUUACUGGAAAAUAUACCACUCGUAAAAUUCAUAAAAACUUCAUCCGGGACCCGAGUAGUUUAUUUUCCAUAAUCUCACAAGUGAGUUUAUCGAUGAAAUCUCGUGGCAAAAACAAUAUUUUACUCACUCGCUGCGCUCGUUCGUAAAAUAUUGUUUUGCCACUCGAAAAUAAAAUUCAUAUCUUCGCGCCACCGUGUAAUAUCCUCUCUAUAUAUAUGUAUUUUUUUUUUACCUUUGCUCUUUUAUUUUCAUUUUUUUCUUUUUGUCAUUUCGCCUUUUUUAGCCUACAACUAUGAUUAGUACGACUAUCUAAUAUAUUUUAUAAAGAUUUACUGUAGCUCUGCCUUUGAUUUUCCCAUGUGUAAUUAUGAUAAUAUUUUGUUCUAAUUAUUUAACUGAGAGAGCCAUUCCUUAUAAGCCCGGUGGCUUCUUUUGGGCAUCCUUGCCAUGAGAGUUUAAAUAAUUAGAUUUUUGUUUGCUUUGUACAACUUAUGGCAAACAAAACAAUAAGCAAUAAACAAUAGCAUGAAAUAUAACCGUGACGUUAACUCCAGGGAAGACUUCGAAAUGAAAGGGGUGGUGAUCGAUCCUCGUCGUCUCACUUAGAGGGGUAAAAUAAAACGGUAAGCAUGGUUUAUCUUAUCUAAUUAUCUUGAAAACAGACCUCUGGAGCCAGGGCACUUUAAGGAAUGGACCUGAAGAAAUUAUUUUUUUUUUCAUUUCUUUUUUUUUAGUAAUACCUGAUUCAUGUAAUCAAAGUUUCUUUAGGGGUUUAAAUCAAAAUUUCCGACGAGUAUCUCCGCCCCUUUCAUGCCGGAGUCUCCCCAGGCCUUAAAGAUAGGUUAUGCAAAGUUGAAGAAAAAUUGACUUUCAUCUGAGGGAUUACUGUAUCUAAAUAAUCAGAGGGCGACAAGCAAAACGGUUAACAAAAUUUAAACGGCAGCACUAGCUGGUGGAUUUCGACGUCAGAUUGACGUGAGCUUCCUUUUCACCACUGUAGCAGUUACUGGGCUGAGGCUUGGUUAUUUGAGUCUCUUUCUUAUGUUUGUUCUAAAACUGAGGGGAGAUGUUCUAACAGCCAAAUGAAGUAGCGGCACCCAGCCAUGGUUUCCUCCUAAAUGCAUUGAAAACACUUUUUAGGCUAUCCAGAGACGUUUUAAAUCUAUAGAAAUGAAUUCUAAGCGGGCGCUAUAAACUUUGUAUCUGUUCGGUCAUCCUAGGGGAACUUAAGUCUUUUGGAAAUUACAAGGGCCUCAGUAUUAUUUUCUCGAAGAUUUUAGAUGCAAUUUUAAGUUUUACAGAAGUGAGAAUUUUUCUGAUUCCUCUCUCCAUCGCAUUUUCGAAUCCGAAAGUUUUAGGUUUCCUUUUCCUAAGAAAAAUAGCCUAUUAAACCUGGAGACUAAAAUGCGUAGAAUUGAACUUAAGAAAAUCGUAGGGAAUUUACUAGAUAUGCUUCGAAAAUUGUACAUGAAUGGAACGGUCAUCUAGAAAUUUUUAGCCUUCCUCAGGCUAAAGAAAUUUCUAGGGAAUUUUUGCUUCUCCGAACAGAUAUUUUACAGAAAACAGUUGUUGGAUGCCCCUGUUCAAAGCAUCUCUUUCCGCAAAUUUGUAAGAAAGGUGUGAGUUUGCGCAAAGUGAGCGGGAAGUAUGAGUCGGUUGACAAUAGCGUCAGGUCGUGCGUUCACCAAAUAAAAAUGAUUGUUAAUAGUAGAUAAUAGUGGGCUAUGAACAGACUAAACACAAUGGUUCUUUACAUAUUCAUAGGUGGGCUUAUGGUGUUCUUCUUUGGGAAAUGUCUACCUUGGGUAAGUUUUACGGCUUAAAACCAAUAUUAUCUAGUUACCUGCUAUGGUGAAUUAUAGCAGAAACCCAUGAGUUUCUGAUUAUAGUCAAUAAACGACGAUACAAUCUACAAUUAAAAAAGCUUUCCAGAAAAAAUGAAAUGUAUUCAUAUAAAUAUGUGAUUAUCAUUUUUUUUACCAGGAGGUGUACCAUACCCCACGCUGACCAACACGGAGUUGUAUCGACUGCUCGGCACUGGUUAUCGCAUGGAAAGGCCUGACAUGUGCUCUGAUGACGUGUACGUUACUUUACUAAGAUCGUUUUAUAACAAUUAUUUAUUAACAGAUUUGAUGUUUUUUCCGUGCCUUUGUUUUGUUGCAAAUUACAUAGAACGUCACUCCAGACUAGAGAAAUAUCAAAUUAUUUGGCUAUAUUUUUUUAUUUUUAUCCAGCUGAACAGCCAUGUAAAGUGAUCCGUGUUUCAGAAUCCGGGAAAUUUUUAGCCAGUGGAAUCCGAAAUCCUGGGAUUUGGAAUGCAGAGUUUAGUUCUAAGAAUCCAGAGUCCCUCUAAUGAUUGGAAUCCCGAGUCCAUGGUCCACUGGCAAGGAAACCGACAGAACGGAAUCCAGAACCAAGGCUGUUUUUGAUUACUGCACAAGGGGCGAAUACCUACUCACAUUAUUAGCUGGAAAUAAGAUUUAGGCCUGGGCAUUCCAAAACUAUAUACAUCAACGGCGCAUGUCAGAUAAUUGGUGGAUGAGACGUGAUUCAGUUUCAUAAGCGUUAGGGGCCCCAUUUCUAAACAGGGUCAGGUUACUCUGUUAUAAAAACACGGGCUAACGAGGGAUCGAAACUGUAAUUGACCUCGUUUCUUAUUCAUAACAGAUAUGAGCUGAUGACUGACUGUUGGAAGGAGGAACCUUACUCUCGUCCCAGUUUCUUUCAGCUGAUCGAAAAACUGGAGGUGAUAAUGCAGAGGGAUGCACCAUACUUGGAUCUAGACAAACACAAUGAAGAUCAUCCAUAUUACAACGUGCCUCCUGAAGCAAGUGGU